GAUACUCGUCAUCAUCAUCUAGAGCGCCUCCAUCCAUCUUUCCUUUCCUUUCCUUUCCUUUCCUUUCUUUCUUUCAUUCUCUCAUUCCCUCUUGUCUUUCCCUGCUGUGAAGAUCACUCUCUUGUGCUGUGUUGAUGUGAUUCUCCACUACUACUUAAAUUCUCAUAUCAUCAACCUUUACCAAAAAAAAGAUAGAAAAAAAAAAAGAAGAAGAAGAGAGAUUAAAGACCAAGAAAGAGCGCUAUGGUUUUUUCUUCCAUUCCUGCUUAUCUUGAUCCAUCCAACUGGCAACAACAACUCCACAAUCUCCAAACUACAAGUGGUGCAAGAAGUCAGCAGUUUCCUCCAGUACCAGUGCCACCACCACCUCCUCCUCCACACCCACAUGGUAGUGGCGGUUCUGGCUCGAUCCGGCCAGGUUCCUUGGCGGAUCGAGCCAGGAUGGCCAACAUACCCAUGCCAGAAGCAGCACUAAAGUGCCCUAGAUGUGAAUCUUCGAACACUAAAUUCUGCUACUUCAACAACUACAGCCUCUCUCAGCCUCGCCAUUUCUGCAAGACCUGCAGAAGGUACUGGACACGUGGCGGUUCCCUGAGAAAUGUUCCGGUGGGAGGCGGGUGCCGGAGGAACAAGAGAAGCAGUAAAGGGAGUGGUAGCUCUAAAUCUCCAGCCAACAGCGGUGACCGUCAAGGGGCUCCAAGUUCCUCAACCACACUCUCCUCUAGCAGUAUUGGAACCACUGAUGUGCUUGGCUUUGGACCGCAGGUUCAGCCACUGCGUUUCAUGACUCCUUUUUCUCAUCUCCCUGAUCAAUUUACAACUCCAGGUGGUGGGGAUGGUAUUGGGUUGAACUAUAACACGCUUUCCGCACCGCCACUAGGAGGAGCAAGUGAUCACCUGAAUUUCCAGUUGGGAAACGUUUUAGCCUCCGCUGGUGGAGGUAGUGGUGGUUCAGUUUUGUCAGUUGGUGGGUUGGAGCAGUGGCGGACGGUGCAGCAAGGGCAACAAUUUCCAUUCAUGGGUGGAUUGGAUUCGGGUUCCGGGGGGUUAUACCCAUAUGAAGGUACUUCUGGAGGUGGUUAUGGAGUAUUGGGACAUCAUGUGCGGCCAAGGAUUUCAAAUUCUGAACUAGUUACUGAAUUGGGUCAAGUGAAAAUGGAGGAAAAUCAUCAUAAUCAUCAUCAUCAGCAGAAUUUGUCAAGGCAAUUCUUGGGAUUAACUGGGAGUAGUACUACUCAUCAGUACUGGAAUGCUGAUAAUACUAAUUCAUGGACGGAUCUUUAGAGUUUUAGCUCCUCCCACAUCAAAAACCCUUAUAGAUAUCACUUGAGAGCACUCUUGUUGAUCAAGCAAUGAUGGCAAAAUAUGAGGAUGGAGAAAAACCCUAGAAUAUUGGUAGGCUUUUGUUUGUUUAAUGCGCUUUUUUUUUUUCCUUCUUGUUUUGGAUUUUGUUACUUCAAAUUAGGUUUAGGAUUUGUGAUGGAUGUAUGAAUGAGCGUCUUAAUUAACAUGUUAAUGUAGUUUUUUUUAUCACAAAAUAUCAUCUAUCGA